AUGACUCUCAAAACCCUGAGCGCCAAGGCCGCCGCCGCUCUAGACCAGGAGCUCAUGAGCACCAGCGCUUUCUCGCUGGAUCAGCUCAUGGAGCUCGCCGGUCUCUCCGUCUCCCAAGCUGUGUUUCGGGUUCAUCCUCCGAGCAUGGGUCGCAAGGUUCUCGUGGCUUGUGGUCCGGGAAAUAAUGGCGGUGAUGGUCUUGUCGCCGCUCGUCACUUAUUCUACUAUGGUUAUCGACCAUCCAUUUAUUACCCAAAAAAGGGCAAGAACGAACUAUACCAGCGCCUUGCAAAACAACUCGAGGAUCUGCAAGUCCCGUUCAUCGAAGAUUUCGUGUCCGCAGCGCAAGAUACUGAUCACAUUAUUGACGCAAUCUUCGGAUUCAGCUUCUCAGGAGAAGUUCGAGAGCCGUUCCCAGCCGUAAUACAGGCGCUCCAGAAAUCAGACAAACCCGUCACGUCCGUGGACGCGCCUUCAUCGUGGGAUAUCGAGCAAGGCCCUCCAAAGUCGGGAUUGGGGAGCUCCUUUAUGCCUACAACGCUCGUUAGCCUAUCCGCACCAAAGCCGUUGGUCAGACACUUUACGGGACGCCAUUUUGUCGGUGGCCGAUUCGUGUCGCCUAUGAUUGCGGAAAAGUACAACCUCCAAAUGCCCGAGUACGAGGGUGUCGACCAGAUCGUCGAAGUUGACGUGACAGGAAACAAGCUGUGA